UGAUGUGACGUCACAACGUCAUAACGGCGCGCAAGACCUGUUAGGGAUGUCGUGAGGUUGUCAUUCUCGAUAUUAAUGUUUUGAUCGCUGUGAUCGUGUAACUGUGCAGUCACGCUAAUAUUGCAGCCGAGAACAACUAAAGGAGGCGAACUAUCGGACCUGCGCUUCAAAUGAGGUCCUGCGGUUAUGGAUGGACAAGACGACGAAUAUUACGCAUCAUACGAUUCCUAUCGAAUGACACCGCAGUGCAAGCUCCUGGAAACUAUAUAUGAAAAUCCAAAACUGAGCACGAAUGGUAGGAAGCAGUUCACAUCUAUAAGGAAAUAUAAGCGGUUCAUAGAUUUCACUGUGGGGCCAACCGCAACCAAAAAGUGGAAAAGAAGCCAGAAAGCACGGAAGCUAGCAAGCAGUCGCCUAGUCCACGCCUUUGGAACUUCCAACCACUAUGACGACCCGCAGCACUCGCUCCGCCCUGUGCGAAAUGCAAGAGCGCGCACACCGCCGUCCUACGAGAACAGAUCAAUCUCGCAAGAAUGCUCCGAAGUACGGACGAGGCCACUGGGUGUCUUCAAAACUGCCGUUGCUGCUGCUUCGGGACGUGUGUGCGAGACUGAUGACGAGUCUGCCAGGCACGAAUGCCACGACGAGCCUCGUGUAGUGCCUGUGUGUACUGGUACCUUUGAAUUGCCAGAAACGUUUGUUGUGUCAAGCACGGACUUAAUUGUCGAGGAGGCUGCCACUGUUGAACUGCCCCUUGAUUGCAGAAACAAGAAGGAAGAUACUCUGGGCAUCGAUUUUAAUAUGGAUUGUCGAGUACACGAAUAUGACGAAAAUGUUUCUUCUGGGGAAAGCACUAUUACUUCAUGGUGCUAUGCGCUGCCAUGUCCAGAGACCGAGGAAGAUCAGGUUACGGUUUGUUACAGCGGUGGCGAUACGCCGCAGGCGUUUGACUGUAGAAAUGGUGGUUUCUGUGAGAAAAGCCCCGGAGAAACACUUGACGAGACAGUGCCUUCAAAAGGUUUUUAUACAGUUUGUGACAGGAGGCCACUGCAUGCCUGGGCAGCAUGCCAAGAGGACGAUGUCUCUAAUACUGUGAUGGAACUGGUUGCAGUAGUUGAGACAGCGCACAGUCUUUGUGACAGUGUUGUGAAAAGCAGUGGAGCAUGUGGUCAUCAAAACAGUGAGAGUUGUUUGCUAAGCCAGGCAGUAGAACCUAGCAAUGGUAAUGUACAUUAGCAUUAUUUUGCUGGCUUUUAUGCACACAUAAUAUGUGACAAUCACUGGUACACAAGAGUUUUGUGAUCCUGCCUUUGUUCUGUUAUAUAUAAAAAUUGUCGGUGAGCAAUACAUCACUGCAAGAAAUGUGUGCACUGCAGCUUAUGCAAUGUAAUCCAGUCAAAACGCAAAUAUGAACCUACAUUGUGAUCCUCUGCAGUGCCUUUUAUUGCUGAGCAUUCAGGCAGAAAGUUCUAUCACACUCAGUAUGCAAGUGCAUGCAAAAGUGCUGUCCAAGGUUGUAUAGUGGCACUGAUUGUGCUGUGUUCGCAACUUCGAGAAGGCACCAGUGUUCUUGUCUUGUUCAAGAACAGUGGUGCCCCUUUGUCACAUGGAAUAGACAAUGAAUUAAUCGAGCAUGGAAUAUUGAGUUUAUGGCUGGUUUCAUUUCCGGAAUAAUGAGCAUACACAGCUCAUGCAAAAAGUAGCAACUACCUAUUUAUGUCAUUUUUGUGGGACUGAAACGUUUAACAAUAAUUUAAAAGAGAUGGGCAAAAUGAGGCGUGAAUGGGUGACGUUUGAAACAAGAAGAGCUUCGCCCUCUCCCUCUUUGUCGAUAACAUAUCGCGAUAGGGACCAUUAUGCAACCUAAGAGCGCUUUGCCCUGAAUGGCAUGCUCCUGCAUUGUAGGCCAUAAUGAGCACUAUAGUACUUGUUUAUUUUAUUGCUCCAAAUGUGUGAAAGAGUCUAGCAGUUGUUACUGGCCUGGCCAGAAUGCACAUUUGCUCACAUAUUCUUGGACCAAGGUGACGUCGUUCCAACGUAGUUGCACCAUUAUUGCAUACAAGUGAUCUUUGUUUGAUCAAAGUGCCAGCUAGUCCAAGCAUGGAAUCGCAUUCUGCAAACAGCUGUGGUUGCAUUGCAUGGUUCUUUUGAGACAGUUUAGAGACUUUAACAUUAUACCCUAAGAGAUGGCCUUUUGUCACCUUUAUACUUUUGAGAACUGUGGUAUAGUAAACCAAAGCUUUUUAGUUCUGUUCCUGGCUUUAAAAAACUGGAAUGAGAAGUUUUGUAUGCCUUUUUAUUAAUACUUUACCAAAAGAGAUGGUCUUUUGUCACUGUUGUACGUUAUGUUUCAAGAACUGUUGUAUAGUAAACCGAAAUUUUCUACUAAAAAAAAACUGGAUUGAGAUGUAGUUGGUCAUGCUUUUCUAAAAAAAUGAUAGGUGGUGACAGGUCAAGAAUGCUAAAGAAUGCUAGAGCAGCUCCUGCUGGGGAUGCCUGCUCUCCAUGCCUCCGUACAAAUUCAAAGGAAGAAGACAUUGCAGUGCUGCCACAACCAUGGAAUGCAAUAUGGUCAUGAACAGCCAAAAUGAGCAUGUGUGAGAAUCGAAACUGACUAUUCACAGCACAAACAUGAUUUCCUGGAAAUCAGCACCUGUAAUUCCACAACAAGGAAAAAAGACAGCGUGACCAUGUUGUAAUAAGCAUCUGCUGAUUUUCUGAAAGUCAUGAGCCAACUAGCUCUGCUGAGAACCGUUGUACAAAUGCCUGUAUGUAUAUCCACUUCACUGGCUCUGGGGUGGUAUUGUGGAGCGAUUCUAUGACUUUUUUAAAGCGCCUUUUGCCACCAUUAGUUGUCAGCGACUGGUCAAAAGGCAAGGCCCGGAAAUAUUGACCAAUGGCGGUAAAAAGCAUAAAAAAAAUGUCGCAGGAUUGCAGUAGAAUUGCUACGCGAUAGCAUUCCAGAGGUUGUGGCUCUCAUGUGCUGAGCAUAUGGUUGCAGGUUUGACUUCCUGCUUGGGCGACUGUAUCCUGAUAGGAAUGGAAUGCAAAAGUGCUCAUGUACCAGGUCUAGGUGCUUGUUGAAACCCCAUGGUGGCGAAAUUGCUGUGCCGCAAGAAAGCCUGUACCAUGUUGUCGCUUAUAUUGCUUCUGCUGCUUUGUAAUGUUAAACACCAUCAGUCAAUACUUGCACAAUAAUACAGGGGAUUUGGAGUUAAUAAAGGAGCUGCCUGAUCUCGUACCUAAAGAA